AUGCCAGCUCGCCCGUAUUCGUCGCUGUCGUCCGCCCCGCCGUCGUCGCCGCCCCCAUUUGCUUCGCAUUCGCAGCAAUUCGGCGCAGCACAGAGCCCGUCGGAGGAACAGAGUCACGUAUCGCCCACUUGGACUGCCCCAUCGCCAGCUCGCACCCUCGGCUACUCGAGCCCGGAUCUUCCUCCCCUCCCCUCCUUCUCUGCCCUCGGACAGUACCCGCGCACGCCCUCCAACGCCGCGAGGAACGAACGAACCGACACGUCCUACUACACCGCCAGCUGGGGCAGUCCAUACCGUCAUCCACCACCGCCACCCUUCAACAACGCGUCUCGUCACGUCUCGACCCACUUUGGCAGUGACGACUUGGACGAGGAGGCCUCGACGCUGCAGUUUGGCCUGGGGCAUCUGCUGCCAUCGCGCUUGGAGCUGGCCGAGGAGUCACCCAAUCGCUUCAAUCUCGAGCAUUUAAUUCCGCGCUUGGACCAAAACGCCUCACCAGUCCAGUUUACGCUCGAGCAUCUCAUCCGCUCUCGCCUCCCCGAUCUUGAGACACCCACCAGGGAAGCCCACCCGUCUGGCACCACCACACGUGCGUCUGACACCAAUCCCACCUCGGAAGAGUGGGUGCGCCGCUUCUUGGAGACGAGGUGGAAUCAGGAAGCAAACGACUGGAAUAGCAGUAGCGACACCGAGGCAUCAGCCGACAAGCCGGAACCCCUUCUUCAGCCUCCCCUCAAACGAGGCCACAAAGGCCGCAACACCAACAAGACCUUGAACCAACAGGACUUUUGGCGCCAUUUCAGCAAGGACGAGAAGACGGCAAUCGGCAAGAUGAUGGCCUCCAAGUAUGCAGAUGCCGACGCGGCUCUGCCUCCAAGACAGGCAUCAGAAGGUCCGCCAUUUUCUGCGCCCACAGCCAACAGACGCCAUGCACAGGCUGACACAUCACCUACAGCCCCGUCCUACAACACUCCUACCCACGUUUCCCCGUCUGCUGUCGAUUCUGCGGCCGAGAAGAAGCCCGUCAGACCUAGCAACAGCCAUCCAUCGGGCAACCCCGUUCAGGAAAGUACGGGCCAGUCCUUCCUAGCACCACCAGAGCCCGUGCGUGCGCACACGCCUCGCGUUCGCAAGAAAGUCAUUGUCAAAGGCAAAGGGUGCAUCAUUUCAAUCCCCCGAGACAUUCCUCGAGGCAACCCUGGUUAUCCCCCAAAGCCCAUGACGGAAGAUGCAGUGAAUGCAAAACUUCAAAGGCUGCAAUCUCAAGGUUACGAUAUUCGUGGCUUUGAUACAGGAUCAGUCGAGCCCCAUAACCGACCUAUAUGGCCAACGGAAGCAGAUGUGCGGGCCGAGCGCGAAAAUGCUGGUUCUCGUUACAUGGUUCGUGUGGCCAAGCUAUCCGAGUGGAAGGACUAUGAAAACUCCUUGUUGGAAGCCAAGUUGGCAGCACUCGGAGUUAGCAUGGGAGGUGAAGAGGACGUGCCGCUGCCCAUGUCGAGGCAAACAUCUUCCCAACAUCCUGGUCUACCUUUUUCGCCCCCGAUACCGACUUCUUCUGGAGGCAGUCAUCAUCGCAUGGGCCGGCAAGGAAGCAUAGUAUCUGGCCACUUUCCUCUUGGCCCAUCUCCUGGACACAUGUCGCGGCAAUCCAUUGCAUCCCCGGCUGCAUUUGGAAAUCCGCGAGCAAGUAUGCACAUGCAUCGUCACUCGACUUUUGCGUCACCGGCCAACUUUGCUCAACAUGCCAUUUCGCCUUCCGGGACUUGGUCGCCAGGUGGCUAUUUUGGUUCGCAAGAUGGCCGAAGCGGUUCGCCGGCCCUCAACAGGCCCAACCUCUCUGGUCUACGCUCCCCUCAUUCUCCACAUGGCCUCAGCCCCCACCAGCAGUUUCCCAUCACGCCGACGCAGAAGGAUGAUUUCCUAUUACAAAUGCAGGUGCAGCAGCAGCAGCUACAGGCCCAGAUGCUUCAACAACAGCAACAACAGCUUCUUGGAAUGCGACCGUCCUCUACGCUUGCUGCUACUAUGCUUGCUGAAGUGCCCGAAGACGAAGAUGAGGAAGACGAGCUUCCAGCAAUCAAACAUGCCAAUAACACUGCGCCCGAGAUUGCUGUUCCAACUCCUCGUGGCCAUCGCCACAAUAUUAGCGAGAACCUCGAACGUGAGGCUGCCAAUGAAGAAUACCACUUGGAAGAGGCCAUUGACAAACAAUUUGCCGAGGGAGGAGAUUUCAGUACAGAACCUGAGAGCCAGGCGCAAUUCAAGCUCCCAAAUACUACCGCGAACUCUUCCUGGGAGGAUUCACGUACUGUUUUGCAUCAGCCACAACCGCAUAGCAGAGCCCAUUCUCUUGCCAAAUCACAACAGCCUCAGUCGUUUUCGUUUCCGGCGCAGCAAAAUGCGCGCGCCGACAGUGAUGGCGCUCGCACCAAUCUUUCAGAGAACACAAACCCAAGCCUAGAUGAGGGUGAAAUCCGCGAUGCUGCUCAGGACUCGGCGCAGCACUCCAAAGCCACGUCGCAGAUGAGCAACUCUUGGAAAGACAACAAGUUUGCUUUCAGCAAACCUGGCUCAGCCAUGCACAGUAAACAUACUUCCAAGUCAUCAAACUCCAAACUCAAUGUGGAAGCCAAGGAGUUCAAAUUCAACCCUGCGGCCUCUUUCAAUCCAGGCUCCUUCUCGUCUGGUUUCAACUUCGCGCCUGCAAGUAAGCCGGCGGUUGAUGCUACAAAGUCUGGCGACGGCAUGUCCAGCAUGGAUGGGCUUGCUAGCUCCCAGGUCUCAGCGCCCACCUUUAAGCCCGACGCGCCAGCCUUCACACCCACCGCAGCUGCGUUCACGCCUACUGCGCCGGCGUUCAAUCCAUUUGCACAAGGUCCCUCCUUUGCAACAGGCCCGGAAGCGGCGAAAUCAAAACUUCCUCCUGCGACUGCAGCAUCGUUCCCGACUGGCGGCUUCGAUUUCUCCAACCCUCCCACCUUCAAGCCAGAAGCACCGGUCUUUAGCCCUACCGCAUCUACAUUUGACCCUCUCAAAACAGACACAGCGCCGACAAGUUUCUCGUCGAAGAUUUUUGGGGACGUCAACAUCUCUGUUAGCGACAUUAUCAAACCUGCCACGCGCUCCAAGGCCGUUCCUAUUGUUCGUCCAGACACCGCAAACGAGAAGAAGACCGAAGAAGGCAAAGACAGGGAAGACGCUUCCGGCCGUCCACUGCAGGUUGAUGGGCGCGAAAAACGUGCUCGGCGUGAUCGUGCAGACGGAGACGACGUGCCCAAAUUCGCGCUGCAGCCAGUUCUUGCAUCACAGCCGUUGGGCGAAGCGAAACAAAACACAUCGGGCAAGCAAAGUCCAUGUGUAGCGCAGGGCAAAGCUUCAGAAGACAAGGAGAAUAUGUCUCCAGACACCAAGCGUGCUCGGUCAAGAUCUGCAUCCAAGAGACAAGAUUGCGGGCUACAAAACCGUGAGGCACUCUCGUCUCAUGCUCUUGCGCCAACUGCCAUGCCUAUCAAUACGGCAGAAGUGGGCAACGACGGUCAUAGUCCGUCUGCUAGCGACGUGCCUACACCAACGACGGAGAACCCUGAGCCAAGCUAUAAGAAACAUGGCCACAAGAGCUCGCUAUCAGCAAGUGCGAAGCCGUUCGAGUUCAAGCCGCAAUUGGGUAGUAGCGGUUACGACUUUGGCUUCCACGUCACAAAGCCUUCCCGUUCGGAAGAUAUGGAGAAGUCACAAACAUCACCUCCGAGAUCGAGCAGGAGUCCGGCGACUACUUUCCGACCUAGCGACGAUGGAUCGUUCAAGACCGCGCUGGAAUCAGGACGGCAUGCUCGAUACGCUGAUGAAAGCGAGAGUGUGGAUAUGGAAGUCCUGGGCGACGCUUCAUUCAAUGAUAUUGAUGCCGUCAUGAAGCAUAUGAACGAGGAAGGGUCGGAUUUCGGCGUAGAACGCGAUGACAACUCUUGGGAACAACAGUCAUCUCCUCACCGAACUCCGCAUGAAUUCGAUCGAAGGGAUUUACAACCCAACUUGAAGAUGCGCAGCGAUGCGCCUAGUCCGAGUCCUCGCCGAUUCAACAUGCUGCGGCAUAUGCAAGGAUCGGCGACUUCAAAUCAGGAUCCAUUCGACGAUGAGCGUGCAGUCGUCGACUAUAGUUCGCCUGUGCAUCGUCUGAACAACGCGGAAGAUGUGCCAGUGAGUGACUGGGAUGAGGGACUUCUCACCGAGGGAGAAGAAAAGAUUCAGACUCGUAGUCGCUUCUUCGACACACAUGUUGAUGAAAUCUUGGGCCGGCUUUUGCAAAAUCGCCUGGGCCCGCUAGAGCAAAACCUGCAAGGCAUACAUGAGGCUCUUGCGAAAAUCACUCAACGUCCUGGACGUGGUCGCCGAAGCAUGUCCACCAAUGAACGUCUUGACAGUGACGCAGACGAUGAGGAUGACGAUGUUGGUGCGGAGUCGCGCCAUCGAAAUCGAUCUCCGCGCAAAGACAAGAGGUUUGAGAAGAUGCGAUCCAUCAUCAAGGAGGCAUUAGAGACGCACCAAUCACAGCUUGCUGCUCUUCCGCCUCCUGCACUUGACCCAACGGUGCCUGAAAGGAUCCGGGAGAUCGUCACCGAUGUGCUUGUGUCACACCAGCCACCGGCCACACCUGCGGAACCGGUUUCUGCUGAUCAGAUUCGUGCUAUUGUGCAGGAUGCCAUCGCCUCCACCCCGUCAGUUAACAGCCAGCCUGUUGAGCCUAUCCAAAUUGAUGAUAUUCGCUCUAUUGUCAUGGAGGCCUUUGCAACACACGCGCCUCAGCCCGCGUCACCGCGAGUUCCAGAACAGAGUUGGUCAACAGAUUUGAAGAGUAUCAUAGCAGAAGCAAUAGCUGCUCAUCAGUCUCUCGUUUCGGAGGCACCGGCCGAAAUCCCACAACCAAAAGUCGAUAUGUCGGAGGUCCACCAGGCUGUCGAUAGCCUCAAGUCUGCUAUCGCGCAGCAUACGAGUCAACAACUCCAGGCUGACCAUGUCCGUGAAGUUGUGGAUGACGCCUUCAAGAGACAGGGCCUUGAACUCUCCGCUCGAGCCGAAGCCGAGGCCGUGCAACAGAGAGAUCGUCGCAUCGCUGACCUCGAGUGCAAGCUCAAGGAAGCUACGUUCCGUCGCGAUGCGGAGGCUGCGGCUCGUGUUGUAGCAGAGGCUCGGGAGACUGACACAACACGUCUUCUCAAGGUGACCGAGGAAGAGCUUGCUCUGCUUCAACAGGCUGCUCGAGAAGACGAGGACAGGAUGCGCGCUUUGAAAGAGGAGCGAGAUUCUGCACGUCGUAGUCUGGACGCUUACCAGGUCACGAAUGAUGAUGUUAGAGACCGGGUCUCGUACCUGGAGGCCGAAAAUGAGGAUUUGAAGGUCAAGACUAUUGCGCUCCAGACGUCCGAAGAAGAUCUCAAGCAACAACUUUCUUCUAUCACUGCUGAGAAUAGAGCACUUUCAUCAACUCUCGACGAGCAUCGUUUGUCUGCCGACAAGUGGAGGACAGACAUCCAAGCUGCCUACGCAGAGUCUGAGAGAUUGCGUCAAGCAGUCGACCAAGCUCGCUUUCAGGCAGAGGAGGCUGCUCGUGUCCGUGAGGUUAUGCGAUCUAAAUUCGAUCAGCUACAGCAGGACAUGGUUACCGCAUCCCAGCAGGUUGCCGCUGAACGAGCCCAGUGGCAGAAAGAGAGAGCUGCUGCAGACUCAAAGUAUGAGGUCCUUAGUGCUCGCAUUGAGGCUGAAGGGCGAACACGCGAGCGUCUCGAAAGGGAGCUUGAGCGUCUUGAGACCCAAGAACAUGAAGGCAUGAAACUUCGUAUCCAUCUUGAACAAACUCAAAAGCACAACGCCAGACUCGAGGAGGCUGUUGAUCAGCUGAGGAGAGAGUCGCUGGAACAUCAGAAGAAUGCUGAGCGCUACGAGCGUGACAUGCGCGAAGCCAGGGACGCUGCUCACGUCGAAAUCCGCCGUACCCGUGUAUUGAUGGAUGCGGAUAUUGAUGCUGCUAACAAUCAAGUCAACAUUGUCCGACACGAAUUGGAGAGUGAGAUUAGUCGGGUUCGCGCCGAACUAGACCAAGUCCGUCUAGAUGCCGAUACUGCGAAGGAAAGACACGAACUUGACCUCGAGGCUGCUUCGGACGCAAAGAAGCAAGCUGUUCAUGAAGUGCUGGAGAAGAACAGACAGCAUCUGCAAGAACAGCAACGCAGCUUCGAACGCCAGCUCGAGCACGCUCAGCAAGAGCAUGCUCGCGCCCUCGACUUUGUUCGUGAGGACAAAAAGCGCGCUGAGGCAUUCCACAACGACAAGCUCGCACUGGCUGAUUCCAAAUUGGAACACUUCAAGGAUAAGAUUGCCUUGCUGGAAGAGAAGCUUCAAGUCGCGAAAGAGGCUGCUAAUGCUGCUAUCGCUGCCGCGUCAAAAUCGUCGGCACCUGCAUCUUCGUCAGCCCCGAGCGGUACCGAGAAGAUUUCGAUCCAGGCUCUGCGCGAGUCCAUCUCAGUUCUUCAAGAGCAACUUCAGGAGCGUGAAGGCCGCAUUGAGUCGCUCGAGCGCCAGCUCGAAGACGCGGAUGUAGAGGCUCCCGCAAAGCUCAAGGAGCGUGACACGGAAAUAAACUGGCUCCGUGAGCUGCUAGGUGUACGCAUCGACGACCUGAAUGAUCUCAUCAACGCUCUCGCUCAGCCGACCUUUGAUCGCGAGACUGUUCGUGAUGCAGCUAUCCGCAUCAGGACGAAUCUACAGAUGGAGCAGUCUGAGAAGGAGCGUCUCAUCACAGGCGGCCAACAAACCUUCCCAACCCUUUCCUCGUUAUCCAACUUUGCAUCACCCAAGGCUGUCCAACUUGCUGCAGCGUUUGGCAACUGGCGCAGCAAGGGUCGCGGCGAGGCAGCAUCUGCACUCGCUGGCAAUCCCGCAACUGCAUCGAGAAAUCAGACGCCUUCACGCGCCGCAUCUCAGUCUGGACAGUCAUUCCUGUCAGGGCUUAUGACACCACCGAAAUCCAACUUGCGCCGCACGCCUGAUCUUCCUUCGUCGUCGUCUACAAGACGACCUGAGAACACGCGCUCCAACUCGUCAAGCUCGCAUGCUUCGACUGAUGCUGGGUUCCCAAGUUUGAAGAAGCAGACUCAGCUUGCUGAGCCGCGGACGCCGCCGCUUAUGCGAAAGGCAAACUACGAUCAGGAUGCAGAUCUUGAACCAUUCAGCGAGAGCGGGUUUUACGAGGAUGAGAGCACUAUGGACGGCGCAGAGCUCACACCUCUGGCACUUGACUUUGGACGAGAGCUGUCGCGGAUAUAUACCCCCUUCAAGACCGAUUGGACUUUUCUGAAAAUCAAAUUGUAG